CCCCCUUUAGUAGGGAUGUUGGCCAUUACGAUGAAUGUUUGUGAACUAAGUGCGUUACAAUCGUUGCGUAGUGUAUAGUCGUAUAAUUUUUUUUUUGUUAAGAAAAAAAAAAAAAAAGAAGAAGAAGAAGUCACAUUUUAUUAAUUACGAUAAAAUAUUGUAAUACGAUCAUAUGAAAAUCAUUUGAUCGUUACGUACCUUUACGUAUACCGAUUGUUCUAUAUACUUUGACGAAAGAAAGAAGAAUUUUUCUACCGGUGUAAUGGCCGAUGUAGAAGGAAAGAAGUUGACCGAGCUUCGUGUUAUAGAUCUUAAAACAGAAUUAGAACGACGUGGUUUAGAUAAAACGGGAAAUAAAGCGGCACUUCUUGAACGUCUCUCUAAGGCUAUAUCUGACGAUGGAGAAAAUCCAGAGGAAUAUCUCAUUGUGCCUUGUGGUGGAGUCUGCAAAACCAGUCCACGAAAAAACAGUGUCACAGGAGUACCUAAUCAAGAUGAUACUCUGGAAUCAUCUGAAAAUCAAAAAGAAGAAAUUCUAGAACAAAUAAAAAAAGAAAAUAUAGAUACGCAAGAUGCUAAUGACUCAAAGACAAAGUUAAAACCAAAACUUUCAUGUGAAGAAAAUCUUAUCGUUAUUAAGAAAGAGGACGGAUCAAAUGAUGCUUCUGAUAAUUCUCCAAAAGAAGUAGAAGUCAAACAAGAAACGAAACCAACAAUUGUAAAUAAAAUUACAACUGAAAGUGGACAAACAUUUGAGAAGAAAAUUGAAACUGAGAAGACGCCUACAUCAAAUCAGUCUUCGACUACAGGCGCUGUGGAAGCCAAUGGAAUGGACAAUGAAGAUUCUAUUAAUUUAACUAUUGGAGAAGAUGAAGAGAAUCUCCUUGCCGAGGAGACAGAAUCCCAUGAUAGACAUAAAGAUGGAGGUGAGAAGAAGAAAAUGGAAGAGAACAAGAAGGGAGACUCUAAAGGGAGCGGUAGAGCAGAAGCUGGUGCCAGCAACAAGGAAGGGACAACGUCUGGUGCAAACGUCGGGAUGAAGAACAAGCAGGAUGGUGGCGAUGGAAGCAAGAGUGUGGAGUCCAGCAGCAAAAGUCAGAAGAGGGAAGAUAAAGAUAAGAAGACUUCUCAAAUCAAUCCUGUUAAUGCAAGUAGCAGGAAUCUGUGGGUAUCUGGAUUAUCGUCAAGUACUCGGGCUACUGAUUUGAAGCAGAUAUUUUCGAAAUAUGGAAAGGUGAUAGGGGCCAAAGUGGUUACCAAUGCUAGAACUCCAGGUGCAAGAUGUUAUGGUUAUGUUACUAUGUCUACCAGUGAAGAUGCCGCAAAAUGUAUACAACACUUGCAUCGAACUGAAUUGCAUGGACGUGUGAUAUCCGUCGAGAAGGCCAAAGGAGAUUCUCAACAGAGUCAUAUGCGUAAACGCGAUGCAGCAAAUGGAAAGUCAGAGAAAAAAGAAGAAAAGGAUAAGGCAAAAGAUAAUCAUGAAACUAACGAAAGAAAAGAAAAGGAAGCAAAGAAGGAGGGUGAAGAAAAAGGGCCUGAACAAGCAAAAAAGAACGACGAAAAAAAUGAAAAUAUCGAUAUUAAGAAAACUGAACCAGUAGAUAAAAAGGAAGAGAUAUCUAAGGAAUCUGAUUCUCGAUCAACAAAAUCUACCAGCAAGAAACCAGAAAGUGAAAGAGGCCGACGUGAAGAUAAACGAAUUCGUUCGUGGGAUCAUCAUCGUUCGUAUAGUCGUUCGCGUAGUCGAGAACGCCGUAGACGAGAUGAUGUGCUUACUUUUGCUAAAAUAAGGGAGGAACGUGAGAGACAGAGAUUACGUGAACGUGAAAGAAUGUUACGAGAGGAGGAAAGAAGACGACGCGAGGAUAUGGAAAGACAACGGGAAAUUGAACGUAGGCAGAGAGAGGAAGCAGCUAGAUUGGAAAGGGAACGUGAGAAAUUGAGAAGGGAGAGAGAAAGGAUAGAACAAGAAAAAGCAGAAUUACUUCGUUUGGAACGGGAACGUCAGAAAUUGGAAAGGGAGAAAUUGGAACGCGAGAGAUUGGAAUUAAAGAGACAACAAAUGCGUUUGGAGGAAAGUAGACGUGCUCCUCCUCCUCCCUCGAUCAAGAGAUCAUCUAGUGAUAGAAGGGAUCCUAGAGAUUUAUACGUAGAACCAGAAAGGAAACGUAUGACUACGGAACAUAGUAGAAGACAUAGUCCAGAUCGUGUGAGUGAUAGACGAACUGAGAUCAUAGAUCGUGUUUCGGAUAGACGAUUAGAUCCAUCACCACCUACGCGUUACGAAUCUAGCAGAUCUACGCAAGACAUGGGAUUAAAGAAAGAAUUCAAACGUAGUAGCGAAUUUACAUCAAGAAGUAGUCGUCCGGAAACAUUUUCCGACGUAUCACGUGGAAGAGAAGUAAUCGUACGUCGUGAAUCUCUUUCUGCGACAUCCUCGUCUAUUGAUCCACGACAAGUUAAAGAAAGUGUUAGAUACGAACGACCUAGUACUACAACAUAUACUCGAGAACGUGAGGUACGACGAUCUGAACCAGAGUCGCAUAGAAAUUCUAGGGAUAGUCAUACACGUUAUAGUGAAAGCUUCAAACCACCGAGCUCGAGUGCACCCCGUGAUAGCCGUUAUAUAGAAAGUAAUAAAACACCAAGUGGAUGGCACUCGGUUCCACAAUCUACAAAAUCAUUUAAUUCUGUCCCGAGUAGCGGUACACGGGAUCCACGUAAUGAACCAUCGGGUUGGAGUUCUAGAUCAUCAGACAGUGUCAACAGAUGGAGCAAUUCGAGCAGUAUAGGUAAUACUUUACGUCAUCCUGUACCACCAACUUAUCCCAGUGGCCCCAUACAAUCCAUGGGAUUAACAGCACCGGGAACGGCUACUUCGUAUGAUCGAUUUGAUCCUUAUAAAUCAUCUAUGUCUAGUAUGAGAAAAUACUGAUAGAAUUGAUUGAAUAUAUAUAUAUAUAUAUAUAUAUAUAUAUAUAUAUAUAUAAAGAAAAUUAUAUAUAUAUAAAAGAAAAAUAUGAUUAUAAAAAUGAAUCGUGCAAAUUUGAGUAUUAGUAAACUUGAGGUUUAGGUAGAUAUAUAUUACUUUCUUUGUUCAUAACUUCAUUGAAAAAUAUUGUUUUAUGUAAUAAUCCAAUUUUAUAUGCAAAACUUAAAAAAAGAAAAAAAAAAGAAAAGAGAUACAAAUAAAAAGAAAGAAGAAAAUGUAGCCUCAGAAGAACAUGUCAAUGUACAAAAGGUAUUGUUUGUCGAGUUAUUAAUUAAACAGAGCAUCGCAUCAUUUUUCAUUGAUAUUAAAUAUACAUUGACCAAAAUAAUAAUAGAACUUCAUUCUUGUACCGAUACAUUCGGUAAAUUUGUUUAUUAAUUUAGAUUCCGUUAUUACAUGUAAAACAUAUGAAUAAUGAUCGAAAGAAACAAAGAGAGAGAGAAAGAAAAAUUACACAUUUUUCAUACAAAUUAUUAAAAUAUAUAGAAACAGUAAUUCCACUUGUUUAUUAAUUAUCAUUCAUUAAUUAUAUUUGUGUGAAAAUUUGUCAGGAAAUAAUGAUUGAACGUGUUAACAUACAUACAUACAUACAUACAUACAUACAUACAUAUAUACAUAUAUACAUACAUACAUACAUGUUGAACACCGCUCUGUAUUUAACAAAUGAUAUGUGAUCUUGAUUGUUCACCAUAAUUAAGGGAUUAAUAUCGAUUAAGCGAAUAAGCGUAUCGUACACAGGCCGAUAGCACAAUAUACUAAAAAAAAUUCCGAAAUGCAAGGAACUUUUGUACAUUUGUUAAUAGAUAAUAUUAUAAUGUGUAUUUCGAUUUACUUUACUUAUAAAUAAUAAUGUAACUGUUCAUCGAUUUUAACAAUAAUAUAGUUUUAACGCGACAAAGAGAAAGAAGCGAUGAUGGGAAACAAAAAAAAAAACAGUGUAAACUUUAGUGUAAACAAACAGUGAAGAGACACAAACCAGGUAUAUGUAUACAACACAACAAAAUACCAUCGUAUUACAUAGCGUAUUAUGCUAUGUUACUAGUAAGAUAAUUUUAAGUUAAUAUAAAAUAAUAUUUUGAGAGAAAACAGAUGAGAGUAACUAACAGGCCGUUAGACAAGAAUAAUAAAAAGAAAACUUUCCAUUGUUUUUAACAUCUAACAAAAACAAACAAGCUCUAUUCAUUCUCGAUUCUCAUUGUUUCUAGUAUGGACAGCGAGUUAUAUAAUACUUAUAAAGAAAAAGAAAAAAAGGAAAAAAGAAAAAAAAAAAAGAAUAAGAUGUCCCCCACUCUCCACAUGCUGUUGCGAGUAUGAACAGUUUGUACAUUGAUGAAUUCCAUAUAAAGUGUAUAUUGUAUGCAUUAGAGAAUCUGUGACAUAGUAACUACGUUGAUAAAUGUCGCAGAGAGAAAGAAAGAGAGAGAGAGAGAGAGAAAGUAUGUGUGUGUGUGUGUGUAUAAUGAAUGAACAUUAUAUAUAUAAUUCCAAUAAAUUUACAAAGUAAUCAAUGAGAAACAAAACAAAAAAGAAAAGAAA